AUGGCUCCCAAACGCAAGCGGGCUGGCACCGCAGGCUCCAAUGCCGCAGCUGGAAACAACAACCAUCUCACCCAGUCUUUGUCCAACGAUGCGUCCGGCGAAGCCUUGACUGCACAAACCCCCCAGAGCGUCAAGCAGUCUGCUUCGCAAGACUCUGACGAAGACCCACCUAACAAGCGAUCUCGCUCAGAACCCACCGACCAGCAUGACGACGAAGACGAAGAGCAGGACCUCGGUGUCAACGGUGAAGCUGGCACCAUGAAGAUGGAGGCUCCUCCCAAGGCCGGCUUGGUCGAGCCCGUUGGCUACAAGACCAACCCUCCACCAGAGGGUCGUCCCGUACGCAUCUACGCCGACGGUGUCUUUGACUUGUUCCACAUGGGACACAUGCGUCAGCUUCAACAAGCGAAGACUGCUUUCCCCAACGUCCAUCUCCUCGUCGGUGUCACCGGCGACACAGAGACCCACCGCCGCAAGGGUCUUACAGUACUCAGUGGAAAGGACCGCGCCGAGACGGUCAGACACUGCAAAUGGGUGGACGAGGUCAUAGAAGACUGCCCCUGGAUUGUGGACGUCGAAUUCCUCGAGAAGCACGAGAUCGACUACGUUGCUCACGAUGACAUCCCCUAUGGCGCCGACGAGGGCGACGACAUCUACAAGCCUGUCAAGGAAAAGGGCAUGUUCCUGGUGACUCAGCGCACCGAGGGUGUCAGCACAACUGGCAUCAUCACAAAAAUUGUUAGAGACUACGAACAAUACAUUGCGCGUCAGCUCAAGCGCGGCACCACUCGCCAAGAGCUCAACGUAUCGUGGUUGAAGAAGAACGAGCUCGAUAUCAAGCGUCACGUCGCCGAGCUGCGCGACUCGAUUCGCACAAACUGGACUGCAACUGGUCAAGAGCUCGGCCGAGACCUCCGACAAUUCUGGCAGCCCAGCAGACCCAACAGUCCCGCCCGCGGUCUCUCGACUCCUGAUCGUCUUGGCUAUAACUUGCGCCAGGGCGCUUCAAGAGGCAGCAACAGUGACUUUGCUGCCGGCUACACUAUGGGUCUUCUCGGCAGUGUUCGCAGCUGGAUGCAGCGCAAUCGUAGAACUCUUAGCGACAGUAGGCCCGACAGCCCUGACAGCGGAGAAGAAAGUUCCGACAUGAAGAGCCCGGCCGACACGGGUAGAGGCCGUCCCGGCAAGCACCUCCAAGACGAAGUGGAUGCCCAGGUCAGCCACGAGAUGCAUUAA